CCCCCUCUCUCUAUAUAUAUAAAUCCUCAAUGGCUUCCUCCUCGAAUUUUGCACUUCUCCUCCUCUUCUUCCUCUCUUUUUCUUUCCUCUCUGCCUCCACCGCUGCUCGCCCUUGCCAAACCCUAUUCUUCAUCUCUAUUUUCCAAAACCCUAACCCGACUCGAUUUCGUACUCUCUUCAUCUCCACUUCCAACGACCCGACCCAAUUCAGACUUGGUAGGCCACUCCAUAGCCCAUCAAUUAUCUUUCAGAGAUCCUACCCGAUUGUGAUCCGGCGACCUGACUUGAUUGAAGAAGAAGAGGAGGAUCGGAUUAUGCCGAUGGAGUUAUACUCAUCGGUGAUGAAUUCGAUUUAUGAUAGGCCAAAGGAUAUAAUGAGAGUUGUUGGAGCUUUACUUUUCGGUAUAGGUUGUGGUGCGUUAACAGCUGUGAUUAUGUACUUGAUCUGGUCAUUUUUCUGGGGUAAUCGUUUCGAUGCUAGUGAUUUUGAUGAUGAUGAAUUUGAUGUUUUUACUACUAAGAAAUUGGGGUAUGUUGCGAUAUCGAAAAAGGUUGUUGAUGAUGAUUUGAAGAAGUCUGUUACUACUGUUGUCUCUUGCUAAAGAAGUGGUAUAAAAAGUUAUCCAUUUUCAUGUGAGGCCACUCUUAUAUCUUCAUAUUCUAUGUAGAUGAUGUUGCUUGCAUAGCUUAGGUGAAUGUAGAAUAGGUAGAAGAAAACAAAAUAAAGUGUACUUUGCCAAAGUUCUUUUUCAGACACAAGCUUCAACAAAAUGUAUACAAGAUUGGAAUGUGUCACCUCUAAGAAAUAAGGUGAUGUUUUCAUCAGAGGAGUAAAUACGUGUUGUACUCUUAUUUCCUUAGUCAAGUUUCACCCCACUAGAUAUUUCUUGCAAGGUUUAACGAGGCACUAAACAUUGUGUAU